AUGGCGCCUUCCGACGAUGCUGGGAAAAAGCGAGUUACCCAUCGCAUUCGUUCGCUCUCCAAGUCCCUCCAUCGUUUAUCCACGAGCAAUGUACCGGAUCGUUUAAAAGAUAAUGGUGAUGAUGAGCAGGAAGAUUUCACAGCCCCUCCUAAAGUCAUUAGCGGCCGGGACAUACCAUAUAUGCACCAAUCUGUUUUCUCCUUGAUUGCCGCUGCAGGGUCUAGAUCGGAUUUCCACUCUCGGUUUGACGACUCUAGUGACAGCGAUGGUGAUGAAGCAGGCACGACGAAAAGGCCCGAUGCACUAUAUAGGCGGCUUGUCGGUAAAAAGCCACCAAAAAGUGACAAGGAGCCUUCGAUAUCAGAGUCUAUUCCAGAGCACCGCGAGCAAGAAAGGCGAUCUUCAAACAGAUUUUCCGCAGCUAUUACUGCUAGCGGUCAUCGAAGACAGGGAUCGGGUGAUAGACUUUUACGAUCGAUUCCUAGCCUAACUUCUCGUCGACCUAGUAGAGAUCAAAAGCCUGGUGAGGCUCCCGAGCCAGUUGCAGAUCCACAAGAAGCAUCACAUUUGGCCACGCAAGAAUCUAGGAUGACUACCCCUAGAUCUGCUCCAGUGUUAAGUCGAAUGAUAGAAGCUCAGAGCCGGUUUGACUCUGCAGCGUCGUCGGGCGAGGAACAUGCGCAAGGAGAAAAAGAGCCAGACAAGAAAGGAGGUGACGAGCAGAAGUCGAAAGCUCUGCUGCCUGUUCGCUUGAAAGAAAUAUUUAACUUCGAGACACCUGAACCGGUUAUUGGAGAGUAUCCUUGCUGGCUUAUGCAGAAUGUUGCGCUUCAAGGGUACAUGUAUAUCACAGAAGGACAUGUUUGUUUCUAUGCCUAUCUUCCGCUUAAGUCGAAUGUGACCGUAAAGUCGGGCCAGUUGGGUAAACGUGGUCGCCAAAACCCCAGGUACAAACGCUACUGGUUCUCUUUGAAAGGCGAUGUAUUCUCUUACUUCGCCGACCCUUCGAAAUUAUACUUUCCCAGCGGUCACAUCGAUCUGCGUUACGGUAUAAGCGCGUCCCUUUCGGAUAAAGAGAAGGGCAGGGAAACGCGGAAUUUUACAGUAACUACCGACCAACGAACCUAUUAUUUCAGGGCGGACAGUGCAGCCAGCGCCAACGAAUGGGUUAAAGCUCUGCAGAAACAUUUUUUCUCCUUUUUCAACUUUGGUCAAGAUGCCUUUGAGGUUCUCAAGGCUUUAAUAAAUGGCGCAGCGACAAAUCGAAUUGAUAAGGAUCCCAUUGCUUCUCAGGUGCUGAAGGAAGUAACCGAAGAAAGCAACCGCCAGAGGUCAGAGUCGUCCGUUUCUAGGGAUCAAAAAGCAAGGUUUGAAGCCAGCACAGGCGGAAGAAGCGACAGCUCUGAACAGCCCCAUGAAUUUGAUGGAGCGGACUCAUCGAUAAGUCUACAAUCGCACUCGGAUACCAUCGUCACUGGUAGUCAGAUUUUGACGAGAAGUGAUGUGUUUCAUUCGCCAACAAUCCAAGACGGGCUUCGUCCCAACCCUCCAUUGUCUGGUAAUAGUACGGGUAUUCAACUGGGGAAGCAACCCUCCAGGGAAAAUCACCAGGGAGUCUCAAAAGGGUCAGAGCGAAACUUCGUGACCGAACGCAGGUCAUACGGGCCUUCAGCUCCUACAAUACAUGAGAUUGUAAAAGCGAGCACGUAUCCUUUACAACGGGCAGCUGGCUUUGCAGAGUACUUGAAGAGUCGGUCACGACAAAUGAGUAGUUUGUUAGCGACUGAAUCUAUGGGGUACAUCGAGAAAGUUUCGGGCAUGUGGAUUGGUGGAGGUAAACACUACGCCGAGGGUGAAGACUCGGCUUUGGAACAAUGUCUUGACCGUGAGGACGCAGAAACCAACGUUUCCUUUGGUGAUCGUUUUCGGGCACAUUUUGCACUGCCACCCACCGAAAAGCUUCAGGCUACAUAUUAUGGCUAUCUCCAUCGAGUUCUGCCUCUUUAUGGUAAGAUUUAUAUAGGCACCAGUAGAUUCUGCUUCCGGAGUUUACUGCCUGGUUCGCGUACGAAAAUGAUCUUGCCCAUCAAAGAUAUCGAGAACGUGGAGAAGGAGAAGGGGUUUCGUUUCGGUUAUCAGGGUCUUGUUCUUAUCAUUCGCGGUCAUGAAGAACUCUUUUUCGAGUUCAACACCGCCGACUCUCGUGAUGACUGCGCAGUGACUCUACACCACAGACUGGAAUCAGUGCGAUUCCUUGCACAGUCCAGCAUUCUAGUGCAGAGGGAUAAAGAUGAGGCCGAUGCUGCGAAGGCCGAGCAGCAACUGUUGCAGGAAGCCAUGCAAAAUCCCCUAAUAGAAGACUCGCAAGAAGUCCAUCCCAUAUUCGAUGACCCCCGAGCAUCAUUUGUGAACUUUAAGCCCACAGAGUCUUUGCGAAUUACAUGUCUAACUAUUGGUUCGCGAGGUGAUGUCCAGCCCUAUAUUGGGCUCUGCAAAGGAUUGCUUGAAGAAGGCCAUCGGCCGAAAAUUGCAACGCAUGCCGAGUUCGAACCAUGGGUUCGCAAGCAUGGCAUUGACUUUGCUCCUGUUGAGGGCGAUCCAGCAGAGCUAAUGAGAAUAUGUGUUGAGAAUGGAAUGUUCACCUACUCGUUCCUGAAAGAAGCGUCUCAUAAAUUCCGUGGAUGGAUUGAUGAUCUUCUGUCUUCAGCAUGGAAUGCUUGUCAGGAUAGUGAUGUUCUCAUUGAGUCACCGAGCGCCAUGGCUGGAAUUCAUAUCGCGGAGGCUUUGCGGAUUCCAUACUUUCGCGCUUUCACAAUGCCUUGGUCACGUACACGAGCUUAUCCACAUGCGUUUGCUGUGCCCGAACACAAAAUGGGCGGCGCUUACAAUUACAUCACAUAUGUAAUGUUCGACAAUGUUUUCUGGAGAGCCAUUUCUGGUCAGGUGAAUCGAUGGCGCAAGAUGGAACUUGGACUCCGGGGCACAAAUUUCGACAAGAUGCAGGCAAAUAAGGUUCCGUUCCUAUACAAUUACUCGCCAUCAGUCGUUCCACCGCCAUUGGAUUAUCCUGAUUGGAUUCGAGUAACUGGAUACUGGUUCUUGAAUGAAGCCUCGGACUGGGUCCCUCCUCCAGAGCUCAGUAAAUUUAUCAAUAAAGCGCGUGAAGAUGGAAAAAAGAUUGUGUACAUUGGGUUUGGAUCGAUCGUCGUUUCUGAUCCUGCUGCUUUGACUCGCACUGUUGUCGAAUCAGUCCAGAAAGCCGAUGUGCGAUGCAUUCUAUCCAAGGGAUGGUCAGAUCGACUUGGAGACCCAAAGAGCAUACGUACCGAGGUUCCCCUUCCCGCUGAGAUUCACCAAAUCCAAUCGGCCCCGCAUGACUGGCUAUUCACUCAGAUUGAUGCAGCUGUGCAUCAUGGAGGUGCUGGCACGACUGGCGCCAGUCUUCGUGCCGGUGUUCCAACCAUCGUCAAACCUUUCUUUGGUGACCAGUUCUUCUUCGGAUCACGUAUCGAGGAUCUCGGAGUAGGAAUCUGCAUGAAAAAGCUCAACGUUGGCGUGUUUUCGAGAGCUCUUUGGGAAGUUACUCAUAGCGAACGAAUGAUUCUGAAGGCUAAGCUUCUUGGCGAGCAGAUCCGUAGGGAAAACGGAGUCGCCAACGCUAUUCAAGCCAUAUAUCGUGAUCUAGAAUACGCAACCACGCUCACCCGUCAACGAGCUGCCUUGUCCUCCACGCCAUAUAGUCCGACAGCAGCAACAGAUGAACAACAGCAAAAACAGGCAUCCCGUGAAGGGGAAGAACCCGAGGACAUGGAGGGAGAAGAAGAAUCCUGGACCUUUGUUGACGAUUAUACAGACACGGAGCUCCCCAGAAGCGAAAAUAGCUUCCAGAAGAGCCCAUCUGCGCCGGCAAAGUGA